AUUAAAUCUUUCUUUCUUUACCAGCUCAUUAAUUUUUCGUCAUUGUUAAUCAUCUUUUAUCCAUGAAGACCACCACCACCACCACUACCAUCACCACCAUACUUUUCCCAUUUUCUCACACCGCCGGGAAAGGAAGUCUUGAUGAGCGGGAGAGGUUGUCAUCCGCGCGGUUCUCCCAGUCACACGCUACACCUGCCUGAGCCCCGCGUGACUGGCAAGAAGGGAACUAACUGUACAUGCUUCUGCUCUGCUCACCGCUACCGUUUGCCUCGCACCAUGUGACUCCACACUCGCUCAUUCCUUCUAACACUUCCACCUCCGCCGCCUCCCACUCAAGGUCUGAUCUCUCCGUCAGUCCUCACCGCUAGCGUCGUUCUCCGUGUGUUUAAGUGUUAUUUAUGUGCAGUACUAAGUGAAGGUUUAUUUUGAUAUGUUUGCUAUGUCCAGGAAGUGAAGGCAGUUGGGAUAUAAGGAGUCUGUUUACAGUGAAUGUCUAUUGCUAUUUCGGAAAAUGACAGUGUAAAUGAGUGCAGUGUUAUGUGAUGGCCGUGGUGUUGCAAAGGUACACUUGCAACGUCUUGAAUUGCUAGUGAGGUGAUUGACUGGUUAUCUCACUGCCAUGUUCUUGGGUAGCCGAUCGAGUCCCAAGCGGAUGGCGGCGGCGGUGGUGGCGACCCUGAUUGUGGGGACUAUGCUGACACUCCUGCUGACCAUCAACCCGCGGCCGCUGAUACAGACCCGCCAGGCACGCCACACGCAGAACUUCAGCCCUUCCGUCAUCCCCGACGUGUUCUCCGUCCACCCUGUUUUCAAUGAAAUAGAGGAAGUGAAACAUGAUGACGAAUAUGCUAAAAUCCCUGGCUGGCCCUACGGUUUACGAAUAAAUGAACCGGAUACGUGCAAGGACCAGGACGUUUAUCUCCUGAACACCAUCACGUCCAAUCCCACCCAAAUCUACCACCGAGACCUGAUCCGGAAAAUGUGGAGAAGCGAGGCUAUUUCAAGGAGGCUGAAGAUCCGAACGGUAUUCAUCAUCGCCGCUGUGCCCUCGGCGGUGACGCAGCGCCACCUGCAAGAGGAGAGCGACAAGUACGGGGACAUCGUGCAGUUUGACUUUCUAGAGACGAGAAGGAAUCUGACGGUGAAGUCCUUGGCGGCGCUGCACUGGUUCCGCGCCUACUGCAGCAACGCCACCUGGGUGCUGAAGUGUGACGUAGACGCUUUCAUCAACUUCUGGGCACUGCUGGACGUGCUGAGGUUUGCUGAGGGCAGCAAUGACGCAGUGUGUGCCCGCUCCAAGACGCGCUCUGUCUGCCGCGACGCUCACCAGAUGGGGUGCAUGGCACAUUACGUGGUAGAGCCUUGGGAGUACGCAGCCGCCGUGUACCCGCCCUACUGCCAAGGGUACGCUUACGUGCUGCACCGCGACCUGGUGGACCGCAUGCUGCAGGUGGACCGAAACAGAACCUCGCCGCCGCUGUUCCUGGAGGACGUGUACGUGACGGGACUUCUGCCGCGGGACCUGGACGCGCGGUGGUUUGACGUGAGGCGCCGCAGUAUGGUCGUCCCUGAGUACAUUCGACCGGACUACUACAACGGCACCUUCCUUUUCGUGCACGACCUGGACGGCCAGAUCGGGCAGGGCGCCACCAGCUAUGUGUGGCAGAAGGCCCUACAGCACUACAGGGAGACUGACUGAUUGACUGUUGAGAGAGAGAGAGAGAGAGAGAGAGAGAGAGAGAGAGAGAGAGAGAGAGAGAGAGAGAGAGAGAGAGGGAAUAAAAGAAAGAAAAGAGACAUACAGGCAUUAAACAUAUACUGAGACAAGUUGAGUGACAAAUAAUGAAGAAACACAUCAAUAUAAUUUUUUUUUUAAUGAAACUCACAUCAAUUAUUUAAGUUUUGUAUUUUCUAUCUUUAUGUGUAAGUUUCCAUUUGUAGUGGAUGAAAAGCACGUACUUCCUUUCUUUUGUAUUCAUUAUGUGUUGUCAGGCACCAAAGAAAGUAGUCAGCAGUGUGUGUAUAGCAGACUUCUGGUCCUGAAACCCACUGGUGUUGCGAAGUUACAAACAGAUCUCAGUGAUUGAAGGAAAGUCAAAAGUUGUCAGUGUGGUGCUAAAAAAUUACUGUCUUUAUUGUCUCUUAGAUGCUAUACAAUAAAUACCUUAGGCGUCUUUGUUGUACAUUAGAUGAGCUAUUUUAAUUAAUACUGACAUCGUGACAUGAAAUUGUACAUUGCUAACAAAUACGUCAAACAACAGUCAUCCAAAAGCUAUAAAAA